AUGAGACUAUCAUCUAAUUGGCUAAAGCUCCAGAAAGCAAAUAGUAUUCCUGUAAGGACAGGAUCACACCGUUCUGAAGGGGAUACUGUCCAUAAAGUGAGAGUGGAUGUCCGUGCUAGAGAGAAGACAAAGAAGUCGAGGGCAAUGAGCUAUGUUGCCAAAAUGAAUAAAGAGAUCAUGAAAUCAAAAUCCGCAAGUCAUUCUAGUACUGAUGGUACUGAUAGUAAGUUGGAAGAAAUUAUAGAGGAAGAUAUUAAAAGUCAAGCUGGUAAGCGAAAUGAUAGAACUAAAGAAAUAGGGAAAUAUGUUGCUAUGGAUUGUGAAUUUGUUGGAGUUGGACCAGAAGGCAAAACAUCUGCAUUAGCUCGAGUUUCGAUUGUGAAUUAUUACGGGAAUGAGGUUUUAGAUGUUUAUGUAAGACCUUCUGAGCGUAUUACAGACUAUAGGACUUGGGUAAGUGGAAUUAUGCCUCAUCAUAUGAAGCAUGCAAUACCCUUCAAACAGGCUCAGGAUAAGGUUUCUACAAUACUGAAGGAUAGAAUUCUAAUUGGCCAUUCAAUUUACAAUGAUCUUAAAGUACUAAUGAUUUCACACCCAAGAAGAGCUAUAAGAGAUACUGCUGAGCAUGCUGCAUUUCAAAGUAAAUAUAAUAGUGGUCAUAAGCCCAGCUUGAAAAAACUGGCGACUGAUGUACUUGGCCUUAAUAUUCAGAACGGUUCCCACUCUUCAUUAGAAGACGCUAGGACUGCGUUACUGCUAUUUAAGCACGAUCAACAAGGAUUUGAAAGACGUUAUUGGAAACAGAACCGAACAUUGGAUUAA